GUAUGUACCUACCUAUGUAGGUACCUACAUAGGUACCUAGGUAUGUAUGUAAGUACGAACCGGAGCCAGAAUCCAUCCAAGCUACGACGAGAUCGUGAAAGAUCUGAGAGGUACCAAGAGCUCAAGCGUGCUCGCAAUCGCGAUAACGAGUCACUGUUGUCAACAGAAGCUCCACCACAGAGCAACUUCGAAACAAUGCCACAACCCCGCAAACCUCCAAUGCUCCCCACAUCAUACAACACCCAUCCUUUCACACAGAUCAAAACAGAGCACUAUGAGUCCGACCCUUCUAUCAUCAUUCUCACGCUCUACCGCCCCAAGAACCACAAUGCCUUCACCGAAACCAUGAUGCGUGAGCUCGAAGAAGCGUACUCCAUGUUCGACAUCGAUGAUCGCGUGAAAUGUGUAGUAUUCACAGGAACAGGCAAUAUCUUCUGCGCUGGAGCAGAUCUAGACCUCGGCUUCACCGGUGGGAAAGAGCCAGUCACUGAGCAUAGAGACGGCGGCGGCCGCGUCGUCUUGGCAAUUCACCACUGCCGCAAGCCCACCAUCGGUGCCCUCCAAGGCUCCGCCGUCGGCGUAGGCAUAACCAUGACUCUCCCCAUGAACAUCCGGAUCGCCUACGCACCCUCGAAGAUUGGUUUCGUCUUUGCGCGUCGCGGACUCGUCAUGGAAGCAUGUUCGUCCUUCUUCCUCCCGCGUCUCAUCGGACAUUCCCGCGCCAUGCAGGUCGUCACCACGGGCGCCACGUACCCCGCGUCGUCGGAUGUGUGGGGCGGAUUGUUCGCGGAGACGUGUGAGAAGCGCGAGGAUGUUUUGCCUAGAGCGUUGGAGGUUGCGAGUGAGGUUGUGAGAAACACGAGCUCGGUCAGUACGUAUUUGGUGAAGGAGAUGAUGUUCAGGGAUAAGGGGGAUCCCGAGAGGACGCAUUUACUUGAUUCCAGGAUCUUGUAUGAACUGUUCAGCUCCGGGUAA